AUGACUGUUACAAUAGAUUGCAUUCUAUCACUCUGUACGUUUUUCUCCCUUUUUACUCCUCAAUUUCCUGCUGACGAAGACAAUAGCGAUUCUCAGUUUGUUGACAGCCUAGGCAGGCAUUAUAGCGACUAUAGCGUAGUUGCAGCCAAUCAGCGUUGUGGUGUAUGGUACAUCAACCCAAAGCUAGAAAAUUACAGACCAGAUAUCUACGCUUACUUCAAAUCCACAGAUGGUCACACAAACGCUUGGUCUUUUUCGCUCAGACGACCAAAUUUACACCUCAUCGAGCACAUUCUCGAGUGCAAAGGCCUCAUCAUUGUAGACUCCACCAGGAGAGGGAAACGAUUUCCAGACGCGCUAUCAAAGACUAUCCCAAUAUGGUGCGCGGUAGUUAGCUCAGCAGUUUUGGGUAUCCCAGCAGAAGAUCUCCUGUAUACACCUCCAAAUGCGAUAUCGGAAUCUGAGAAACAAGCUAUCAAAGAUGGGCUUCCAACAUGGCGGGAAUGGCUCGUGAACUCUGCUUUACAGCUCAAUAAAAGGUUGGACAAACCGCUAAGGCCUAUUUUCAUACACCCAGAAACUCAAUUCUUGCCAGAUUUCAGCACAUCUACGCUGGAUUUUUAUCCGAUAUUAUGUGUAUCGGCAUCUCGUUAUAUUCCCGAUCAGAUUGAAAGGCGAUCCUGGGGAGAAUACGUCCAAGGGAGCGGUGAUGAUCAUGAGUUAUGGGCUAAGGGACUGACACCAGAGGCAUUUUGGGAGAACCAAGAUGAGCUUCUCAGCUGCUCAAGUGAGAUGCUCAACGAAUGUAUUGUAGAGAUAAUGUCAGAAAGGCAGACUCACUCAACCAAGGAUGUUGGCAGCGCAAACAGAACUUUCCUCAAAGGCGCUAUAUACCCCUCCUCAAGCGAAGCUGGAGUGCCAGAAGACGAUGCAUUUGUCGCCCUCACACCUAACCCCCCAUCAAGAAGCAAGAACACCAUGCAUAUAACUCUACCGAAAUCAUCUAAACAAGCACAGAAGGAAUUUCUGGCGAAAUUACCAUCUAUAGUCGACUUUAUCGAGCGGGAAUUGAACAAAGGUGGUCAUGUGGCGAUCUGCGAUGCAAAUGGCGGUACAGACCUUGCGUCAGUCGUGUGUGUAGCGAUAGCGACACUCUUUUUCGACGAAAAUGGCGAGAAAAUAUCGCGUAACACGAAUAUCACUAAAACGGCUAUUAAUAUGCGACUCCAGUGGCUGAUCAAUGUUUAUCCCUCUAGUAAUCCUUCUCGUGUAUCGCUUAAACGUCUUAACGACUACCUCAUGUAA